AUGCGUGUAAGAAAUAGAGCGGCUGUAUUACGUACGCGCUAUUAUACAAUUAAUAGUGAUAAAGAAGCGUAUUAUUACAGUUUAAUAGUAUGCCACAUUCCAUUCCGUAAUGAACCUUCAUUACGGAAUGGAAUGUGGCAAACUAUUACUUACUUACUUAUUACUUUGUUACUUGAGUUACUGUUCCAGAACGACACCGCUGAAGACUGUUUUAUAAGACGUCAAAGAGAUCUUCGCCCGUUGCAGGGUAAUGUAAACGCAGAACAAUUUAGUCAUGCUGAACAAAUUAUUCAACAGGCUAUUGCCCAAGCUACCGCCCUUAAUGCUACGCAUGAAAUCGAUGUCAGCAAUGCUCCCAUGUUAUGUGUUGGUGAACAGAUGGUAAAUGACGAUGAUAACUUUUGUGAGGACGUGGGAGAACGAGCCGUCAUGUCAGAUGAACUAUUUCUGGAAAGCAUUCGAGUAUUAAAUAUCCAGCAGAAGAAU